AUGUCCUUGAUGAAUAUUUCGCUGUUAGGAGAGUGUGUUCAAGUGGUGCAAGCCAAAAAUAUAACAAAAAUCGCGGGCUUCUCUGAGAAUGGCAAACUGAAUGCCAUCGUGGCCGACAUUUACAUUGAUGGAGGAGCGACCAGUGGAAUUGUCUAUGGGCUGUACGAACUCCAGCACCAACUCGACCAAGGUUUCUAUGUGCCCAACUGGAAGAUCAAUCCAUACAUGGCCAAGACAAAUAAAGUGCCAACUACCUAUUGCAGAGGUCCAGGCCCUACUCCUGCUGCAGCCAUCAUAGAGACCAUCCUUGAGCACGUGGCCAAGGAGGUGAAGCAACACCCCAUCCUCGUCAAGGAGCUCAAUUUGUACGAGAGACACCAGACGGACCUGAACGGCAUGGUGCUUACCUACUGUACCAUGCGAGACGUGUGGCAGCGACUGAAGCAAGUGGCCCAAGUGGAGCAGCGCAUGGCUGAAGUUGAGGAGUUCAACCGGGGAAACCUCUGGAAGAAGAAGGGGAUCACCAUGUGCGCUGCUAAGUACGGGAUGAUGACUGCAGACACGGGUUUUCCCUGCUCGGUGUCAGUCUUCGCCCAGGACGGCACGGUCACCGUAGUGCAGAGCGGCGUGGACAUGGGCCAAGGGCUGUACACUAAGGUAGGGCCUCUAUUUCCGGACUCUUUUAAGCUGCUGUUGCUCUGUGACCCUUAA